AUGAAGCUUACUUUUAAAAAUUUAAACCAACAAAAGUUUGUUAUUGAAGAUGUUGACCCGAUGAAUACUAUAUUACAAGUUAAAGAAAAGAUCCAAGAAGUGCAAGGUCAUGAUUCAAAGUGUCAAAAACUUGUUUAUUCUGGAAAAAUAUUAGCGGAUGAUAAAACAGUUGAGAGUUAUAAUAUUAAAGAAAAGGAUUUUAUUGUUUGUAUGGUUCAGAAGCCUAAGCAGGUAGCAAGUUCUAGUGUUGCUACGGAAUCAAAUGUUUCUACAGAGAGCAUACAAGAUUCAGAAAGUGGUAAGAUAAAAACUAUGACAUCAAGUUCAGAGGCUCCGACAUUAUCUUCUGGAGUUUUUAGUGACCCUAAUUCUCUUGUUAUUGGGCAGUUACGUGAUACAGCUGUAGAAAAUAUGGUGGAAAUGGGAUAUGGACGUACAGAAGUAGAGAAUGCUAUGCGUGCAGCAUUCAAUAAUCCUGAUAGAGCAGUGGAGUAUCUUUUGACAGGUAUUCCUGAACAUUUAUCUCAAGAGUUAUCUCAGCAUGUAUCUCUUCCUCAACCUGUAUCUCCUUCUCAACAAACACUCCAGACUCAACAAGUGCCUCAACCUACAUCUGUGCCUACAUCUAAUCGAUCUCAAAAUUUAUUUGAAUUAGCUGCUCAAGUUUCUCAACAAGGAAGAGAACGUUUAAAUUCUGGUUCUGGUAAUUCUUUGGGAGGUUCUGGUAGUACAGAAAGUUUGGCAUUUCUAAGAAACAAUCCUCAAUUUCAGAUGUUACGACGGCUUAUUCAAACUCAACCACAUAUGCUUGAAUCAGUAUUACAACAGUUAGCUCAAGGAAAUUUACAAUUAGCUACGCUUAUAAAUCAAAAUUCUGAGGCAUUUUUACAGUUGCUUUCUGAAGAAAUAGAGGGAGAGGAUACUACAUUGACGCCUAAUAUGAUUCAACUAACAGAAGAGGAACGGCAAGCUAUUGAAAGACUUGAAGCUUUAGGAUUUUCUCGAGGAACUGUUGUUCAGGCUUAUUUUGCUUGUGAUAAAAAUGAAGAGAUGACUGCAAAUUAUUUGUUUGAGCAUGGUCAUGAAUCUGAUGAAGAAAUUUCUUGA